UGACGGCUUCCUGGCCCGAACUUACUCCCGUAAAACUGGAAGUGUGUACUUAGGAGGACGUCUGGAGAUGGCUCGACUCAUGGCUUUGAUCAUGGCUGUGUUGCUUCACUCGGUGCUGGGCAUCUCGUACUACUACUACUUUCGCGAAUCUCCCGGCUCCGCUGCUCCUCUCUUGGGCGCCUGGCUCUUCUCCGCCUGCGUGGUGACUCUUCUUCACGGCGUGAGAAUGUUUCCAAGUGCCCUGCCCGCCGAUCAGCGAUUCAGGAAUGGGAAUCGAAACCUUCGCGGCAAUGAGUCCUCCUGGGCAUCGCUCUUACUCGAGACAGGCGUCUGCUGUUUGGUGCUGGAUCUGACGCUUAGCAAACUGUGGCAUCGCAUAGAGUCCCUCUGCCAGUGCGCCAUUGUGGGCAUACUCCAGGCCUUGGCCGUCGAGGAGCAAACCUUCCUGGCUUGCGAGUACUGGACUUUGGGCCUGACUACCGGCCUGAUCGGCGGCUGUCUUUUGUGGCUUUCCCUAUGGGCCACCGCGUUGCCCCAGAAGCUCCGCUGCGGGAUGCUCGACUGGCGUCGCACCCUUCAUCGCCGCUGCUCCGCGCUGAUCUUCGGAAGCCUCGAGCCCGGCACUCCAAUGCCGACCCAAUCCCAGGGAAGCGCACAGAGCUUUGCCACCUGAGACGGAGGGGUGACCAUUCCACUUCCACAGCCAUAUCACUCUACCUCAGUCAAUAGCUAAAUUUAUGGUUCAA